AUGUGUAUGAAACGAGUAAAAUGGAUUUUUUUGUUUCUCCUUGUAUCUUCUGUCGUGGCAAUGUGGUACAUAGCUUUUUCUCCCAACACGGUGAUUGAGAAUGCAAACCAUAUGUAUUUCUAUGAAUAUGAACCGAUUUACAAGCAACAUUACCUCUUCACACUGCAGGAGCACCUGAAAUGCAAAGACGUAAAUCCAUUUCUGGUCAUCUUGGUGGCCUCGAGUCCUAAGGAUGUGAAGUCAAGGCAGGCCAUCAGGAUAACGUGGGGAUCUCAAAACUCCUGGUGGGGACAUCGAAUUCUAACCCUGUUCUUACUAGGUCAGGACACUCAAAGAGAAGACGAUGCUGCAGCGCUGUCGGUAGAAGAUGAAAGCAUCCUCUAUGGUGACAUAAUCCGCCAAGAUUUUAUGGACACUUAUGACAAUCUCACCUUGAAAACGAUCAUGGCGUUCAGGUGGGUCACCGAGUUCUGUCCAAAUGCUCGAUUCCUCAUGAAGACCGACGCUGAUGUCUUCAUCAACACCGCUAACUUGGUGAAAUUUCUUCUGAAGCUAAACUCUUCAGAAAAUAUUUUCACUGGUUAUCCUCUUAUCAGUAACUUUGCCUACAGAGGCUUUUACAAAAAAACCUACAUCUCCUACGAGGAAUAUCCAUUCAAGUGGUAUCCUCCGUAUUGCAGCGGGAUGGGUUAUAUACUGGAUGGAAAGCUGGCUCUGCGGAUUUAUGAACUGAUGAGUCAUAUCAAACCUAUUAAAUUUGAGGAUGUUUAUGUUGGAAUUUGCUUAAAUAUACUUAAAGUGAACAUCACUAUUCCAGAAGAUAAACAACAAUUCUUUCUUUAUAAAAUUAAUUUUGAUAUCUGUAAGUAUAGACACUUGAUUGCAGUACAUGGCGUUACAUCCAGUGAAAUAAUCCAGUUUUGGCAGGAUUUGUCAUCAAACACUUCCACUGCUUGCCUUUGA